AUGAGUUUUACAUCAACAUCACAACAUAGUGGUAUUAAACAAGAAACAGAGAUUAAAGAAGAAUCAGACUAUGAAAUCAUUGUCCUUAGUAGUAGAAAGCAACCUAAGAAAGAACAAAUUCGCAAGAUUACUAUUAUUUGUUCGGAUGAUGAAUCAUUGAUUUCGGAUGAUAUUCAAAGAGAAUUACCGCAAGGUUAUAAACUAAGACCUCUCGCAAAAGAUGAUUUUAAUAAAGAACAACUUACAGUCAUUGGUGAUGUAUCAGAAGAAAAUUUUAUUGGUAUGUUUCUUAAAGCGGGAGGAUAUUACAUAAUUAUUAUUGAAAGUGAUGAAAACAAAGUUGUGGCAGUUGGGACUUUAUUUGUCGAGAUGAAAUUCAUAAGAGGUUGCGGAAAAGUUGGUCAUAUUGAGGAUAUUGUUGUACAUGAUUCUCAAAGAGGAAAAAAUUUUGGAAAAAGAAUCAUCGAGCAACUUAAAGAUAUUGGCAAAAAAGUUGAAUGUUACAAGAUUAUCUUGGACUGUAGUGAAAAAAAUGUUCCUUUCUAUAGGAAAUGUGGAUUGGAAACUAAGGAUUUGCAAAUGACAUAUUAUUAUGACAAGGAAACGAAUAAUCAAGAUUGA